ACACAGCGAUCGCUGUGGCCGGUCGGGACUGGCCACAGCGGACCGUCCACCGCACGCAGCCGUGACGUCAGAACCGCCUACCCAUCCCCUACCCCCACGCCUGCUGGACGCACCGCACACAGCGCACGCAGCAGUGUGCGGUGCCCGUGAACACCCCUCUCGUGAAUUGCGCAGUGGAUAAGUGAGUGACUGGCGGAUUUUCAGGUUCUCGCACGUUCUGGACCGGUCAGGCUCCAUCGAAGCUUACAUUGGGCUGACGAGUCACUGGCGACGAUGGCAGAGGAGAGGUUUCCAACCAUGGAUGGCAAGAACAUUUCAGUGAAAGCAUACCUCAUAGGAGAGGGUGACACCCAAGAAAUCCGAAGAUUUGGCCUGGAUGCGUCUGCAGCGACAAGCUUCUCCUACCUGCAGGGAAAGUUGCGUGUAGUGUUCCCCAGCCUGAUGCGCAAGUCAUUUGAUGUGUGCUGGGAAGAUGCUGAUGGUGACAACAUCACUAUUGGAUCUGAUGAAGAGCUGCUGGUGGCUUUGGUGAGCCUGCUGCAGGUGGGAGGCCAGCAGACGCUCCGUCUGCACGUGGUGCCCAGCCGCGGCGCCCCAGCACCGCCCGCCGACGGUCCCGUCCACUCUGGCGUCUCCUGUGACGGCUGCGAGCAGACCAUCCGCGGACACCGCUACAAGUGCAUGACGUGCGACGACUUUGACCUGUGCGCUGCCUGCGAGUCGCGCUGUCUUCACCCGGAGCACCUGAUGCUGCGCAUCCCGACGCCGGACCGCGUUUGGCAGCCCGUGUUCCGGCAGGCGCGCCGCAGCGGCCGCCGCGGCCACUGCCCGGCCGCCUGGGGAGGCUUCGGAAUGGCCGGCAUGCCCGGCGCCCCGCACUGCGGCCGCUUCGAGCGGCGCGCCGAGAAGGCCGAGCACCAGGCCGAGAAGAGAGCUGAAAAGGCCGAGUACAAGGCCGAGAAGAGAGCCGAAAAGGCGGAGCGAUGCGCUGAACGGGCCGAGCGUCGCGCCGAGCGCGCCGCCCAGCGCGGCACGGACGGCGGCGGAGCAUCGGCGCCCCGUCCGAGCAACUUCUUCGAGGCGAUCCACUCGGCGAUGUCCGCGCUGGGCGGGUUCGCUCCGGAGGGCGGCGCCGGCGGCCCGGGCGCCGAGGCCGGCCGCUGGACCGAGAAGAGCCUGGAGGAGCUGGGUCAGACGAUCGCUGCCUGCCUGGAUCCGUUCGGCAUCGACGUGGACGUCGGCGUGGAGACUCGUCAGAAGCGGGCUGAGGAGGCCGGCGGCCAGCAGCGUCAGGCCGCUGCUCAGGCUCCCGCCCAGGACAUCGCCGCGGCCGCCACCACCGCCGCUAAGGCCGCCACGGCCGCAGCUGCCAGGGCUGCCUCCGCCGCCGCCGCUGCUGCCACCGCCGCCACCGCCGCCACCGCGAACACGGUGUCCAAGGUAGCCGGCGCCGCGGCCGCCGCCACAGCUCCGGCUCCGGCGGCCGCCACGACUCCGGCUCCGGCCGCCGCCACGGCUCCGGCUCCGGCCGCUGCUCCGGCCCCGGCUCCGGCUGAGAAGAUGGAGGCCGAGCCUGCGGUGGCGGAUGGCGUGCCCAGCCAGACGGAGCCGGCCGCCGCCGCGCCGGCUGAGAAGGUGAUCCCGGUGACGGUGGAGGACGUGCCCAACGACCCGGCCGACGACUGGACCAUGGUGAGCGGCACCAGCACGCCCUCUGAGGCCAGCUCCGGCGCCUGCAGCCGCGUCUACCCCGACCUGGCCACCGAGGCCCCGGCCGUGGCCACACCGUCCCAGACACCGCCGACCGCCGCCACUCCGACCCCGACCCCGACUCCGACCGCCGCUACCCCGGCUCCGACCCCGACCGCUGCUGUCCCGGCCGAGAUGGCCGCUGCCUCGGCGCCGCCUGCCUCGGAGCCGUCUGUGCCGCUGGAGCCGCGCAUUCAGCGUGCACUGGACGCCAUGAGCGCCAUGGGCUUCACCAACGACGGCGGCUGGCUGACGCAGCUGCUGCAGGCCAAGGGCGGCGACAUCAGCGCCGUGCUGGACGUGCUGCAGCCGGUGCCGCGCCGCGGCCAGUAGGCGCCGUCGGCAGCCGGCCGCCGCGCCACAGCCAGACGCCGCUUCGGCGGUGGCGCUUGCUUCAUGUGGUGGACUAUCGCAGCAGCGGUGUGAUCGAUACGUUCUGAGGUAGAACGUGUGGCAUUCACCCAAAGAAAUUAUUGGUGUUCGUUUUUAGAUCUUGCUUGCAGAAAUAUGUUAUUCUCAAUGGAUUGUGAUCCUUUUGGUAGAUGUUUACAGGUUUAUCGUUACGACUCUUAGAUGUGUGACAUCCCACUGCACACGGAUUUAUCGAUGAUUAGUCUGGAAAGCGCGUCGGGUAGACGUCGCUACGUAUUGCCCUCACCAGAUACCGACAUGUACCGCUUUUGGUGUUAAUAAACCGACAAAAUCCAA